AUGGCGGGGCUCCUCCUCCUCGCCGUCGACGCCGUGGCCCUGGCGCUGCUGAUCCUCGCCGCCCCCACCGCCCCGCACUCGCUUGACGGCCUAUUCUCCGGCUACGGCGGCGGCUCCCCGCAGCACCAGCAGGCCGAUCCGACGCCGGAGCACGAGCACCACGUCCCCGCCGACGGCGCGCUGGCGCACGAGUUCCUGGAGGCCCACAACAACCUGCGCGCCAGGUACGGCGUGCCGCCGCUCCGGUGGAGCAGCAAGCUGGCCCGGUACGCGCGGCGGUGGUCGUCGCUGCGCCGCUUCGACUGCGUCGUGAUGCACUCGCCGGCGUCGCCCUACGGCGAGAACGUGUUCUGGGGCACCGGCAGCAACUGGCGCGCCACCGACGCCGUCGCCAGUUGGGCCAGCGAGGCGUCCUACUUCGACUGGCGCGCGCAGGCGUGCCACCCGGGCCAGGUCUGCGGCCACUUCACGCAGCUCGUCUGGAAUGACACCGAGUACGUCGGGUGCGGCAGGUCCCAGUGCUUCGUCGACGGCGUCUUCAUCACCUGCUCCUACGACCCGCCGGGGAACUGGAAGGGGGAGGUGCCGCUCACCUGAUUGAUCUCGCGGCAUCAUCCUCUCCAUCGG